AUGACCUUUGGAAAAAGAUCCAUACUGGCCUUACGACGAGGUAUCUCCCUCUCUUCUCGACCUUCUACAUCCCCCAUCGUCAGAUCCAGCCGAUUCAUCCGAUACAACUCCUCUUCUUCUAUACCUCCCCAAGCGCCUCUUCCCAGAUCGACCAACCUCUCAACAGCAUGGUACGCCCUCUCCCUAGCUCUCUUUGCGGGGGCAGGAUACCUUAUAGGUAAUGUAGGUGUGUUACCUCCAUCAACCUCAUUGGUCGACUCGAGCUUCGCAAUUGCCCAUCAAUUGGCUAAUCAACCGAAAUACGGAAGUCACAAAGAUUACCAGGAUGCCAUCAAAGAGUUGACCGAUUACUUCAAAGCCAAGGGAAAAGAAGAUAAAGUAUCGACGGAUGAUGAUGAUCUGAGAUCUCACGGGAUAAGCGAUUGGUCCUAUCAUCCUGCUAAGAAACCUACCGUGGUAGUUUGGGUUGAAUGUACAGAGGAAGUCCAACACGUGGUGAAAAUCGCUCAGAAAUAUAAAGUACCGAUUACUCCUUUCUCGGGUGGUACUUCGCUAGAAGGUCAUUUUAGUAGUCCAUUCGGUGGAAUAUCCCUCGAUGUUUCGUAUAUGGACAAGAUCCUCAGAGUAUCCGAAUCAGAUGGUGAUGUAGUUGUACAACCUGGAGUGAAAUGGGAAGACCUAAAUGCCUAUCUGGCCAAAGAAGGUGUACCAUUGUUCUUUCCCCUGGAUCCUGGUCCAGGAGCAACGAUCGGUGGGAUGGUAGGAACGGGAUGUUCGGGAACAAAUGCAGUUAGGUAUGGAACUGCCAAAGCUGAAUGGUUCUUGAAUCUGACCGUAGUCCUACCUUCAGGAGAAGUGAUCAAAACCCGUCAACGAGCACGUAAAUCCUCUGCAGGAUGGGAUACGACCAAGUUGUUUGUCGGAGCAGAAGGUACUUUGGGUAUUGUUACCGAAGCGACAUUGAGAUUGGCUCCGCUCUUACCAACCAAAUGUGCUGUGGUGAAUUUCCCGGGAGUAGAAGAAGCUGUCCGAGCAGCUACAGAAGUGGUUAAUGCAGGAUUUCCCGUCCAAUGUGUAGAAUAUCUCGAUUCGAGGACGAUAGACGCUAUCAACAAAGGUGGGAUGGUCAAGAAAGCUUAUCCUACUGCCGAUACUUUGUUCUUCAAAUUCCAAGGGUCUGAUUCUGCCAUGUCAGAGGUAUCCAAAAACGUCUUAUCGGUAGUCAAGAAACACGGUGGGAAGAAUUUCGAAUUUUCCAAAAACGAUGAAGAAGCUAGGAGUCUAUGGGAAGGUAGAAAAGCUGCAUUGUGGAGUGUUUUGGCUCUGAAAGAUGGUGCGAAGGUCUGGACGACUGAUGUUUGCGUGCCGAUAUCGAGAUUGCCUAGAUUAGUGAGAGAGACAGCGGAAGAUUUCGAAAAGAGGGGUAUAACAGCUUGUCAUUUCGGCCACGUAGGAGACGGUAACGUCCAUUCGCUCGCACUCUUCACCAACGAUGAGGAAUUAGCUGUCGUCGAACAUGCAGUUCAUGAUAUGGUCGAGAGGGCCAUCAGACUAGAUGGAACAUGUACAGGUGAACAUGGUGUUGGAGUUGGUAAGAUCGGAUAUUUACCCCUGGAAUUGGGCGAUGGGACUGUUAAUCUGAUGGAGACUGUUAAGAGGACAUUGGAUCCGCAUAACCUACUCAAUCCCGGAAAGAUCUACCCAAAUAUCAAACCUCAGCACCAAUAA